AUGCCGUCGGUUUCGAAAGCGGCGGCGGCGGCGCUGAGCGGGUCCCCCCCGCAGACGGAGAAGCCGACCCACUACAGGUAUCUAAAGGAGUUUAGGACAGAGCAGUGCUCCCUGUUUGUGCAGCACAAGUGCACCCAGCACAGGCCAUUUACCUGUUUCCAUUGGCAUUUCCUAAAUCAGCGUCGGCGCAGACCGCUCCGCAGGCGCGACGGCACUUUCAACUACAGCCCGGACGUGUACUGCUCCAAGUACGACGAGGCCAGCGGCGUGUGCCCGGACGGCGACGAGUGUCCGUACCUGCACCGGACGACCGGGGACACGGAGCGCAAGUACCACCUGCGCUACUACAAGACCGGCACCUGCAUCCACGAGACGGACGCGCGUGGCCACUGCGCCAAGAACGGGCCGCACUGCGCCUUCGCCCACGGCCCUCUGGACCUGCGGCCGCCUGUGUGUGACGUCCGGGAGCUGCAGGCGCAGGAAGCCCUGCAGAACGGCCAGCUCGGUGCCGGGGAUGGAGUCCCUGACCUGCAGCCCGGGGUCCUGGCCAGCCAGGCCCUGAUGGAGAAGAUCCUGGGAGAGGACCCCCGGUGGCAAGACACCAACUUCGUGCUGGGCAGCUACAAGACGGAGCAGUGCCCCAAGCCGCCGCGUCUGUGCCGCCAGGGCUACGCCUGCCCGCACUUCCACAACAGCAGGGACCGGCGCCGAGACCCCCGGCGGUUCCAGUACAGGUCCACACCCUGCCCCAGCGUGAAGCACGGUGACGAGUGGGGUGAGCCGUCCCGGUGCGCAAGCGGGGACAGCUGUGCAUACUGCCACUCGCGCACGGAGCAGCAGUUCCACCCUGAGAUCUACAAGUCGACCAAGUGCAACGACAUGCGCCAGACCGGGCAUUGCCCCCGCGGCCCCUUCUGCGCCUUCGCGCACGUGGACAAGAGCCUCGGGAUGGCCGGUGACUGGGGCUGCCGUGACCUCGCCCUCACCAGCGUCCCCGCAACCCCCAGUGGGCAGCCCGGACACGCAAAGCGGAGAGAGUCACCUGCCGACGGCAGCCAGAAGGCCAGUGAGCAGGACGGCAAGCAGAGCCACCUGGCGGUGUUGGCAGUGGGUCACCCCCUCGCUCCCAGCGUGAGUUCCAGCCUUGCGUCCAGCCUGGCGUCCAGCACCGGCUCAGGCGGCUCCUCGCCCACCGCUCUGCCCACCCUCUCGGCCCGCACCCACCCGCUGGACCCUUCCGGCAGCGCUGGCGAGGGCGUCCCAGGAUCCACCCUAGACCUUCACCUCGGUGACAUCAGUCUCGCGCCCCCGGAUAAGGACCUGGAGGAGCACGACGGCCGUGACCUGGGACCCACAGGUCAGAGGUCGCUGGGGGGCUCGGCCCCUGUGGCCAUCCCGGGCUGCCUGCCGCGCUCCCCGUCCUUGCACUCCUCCUCAUCCCUGUCCGCCUCCCCACUCGGCUCCUUCUCCCAGUCCCUGCCAGGCCCGCUCAUCUCCUCGGCCAUGACGCCCCCCCAGCAGCCGCCACCCCUCAAGUCAGAGCCCAGAGCGCUGGGCCCCGCAGCCUCGUCCUACAACUCCUUCGGCUUGAACGGCGUCCCCGGCAGCAUCUGGGACUUCGUCUCUGGCAGCUUCUCUCCCAGCCCGUCCCCCAUCCUGAACACUGGCCCUGCAGCCUCCUCAGGCGUGAGUCCCAGCAGCGCUGAGCUGGCCCGGGUCCGGCGGCAGCUGGACGAGGCCAAGAGGAAGAUCCGGCAGUGGGAGGAGUCCUGGCAGCAGGUGAAGCAGGCCUGCGACGCGUGGCAGCGGGAGGCCAAGGAGGCCAAGGAGCGGGCGCUCGCGGCUGACAGUGCCCGGCAGCUGGCGCUGCAGAAGAAGGAGGAGGUGGAGGCGCAGUUCCGACGGCUGCAGGAGGAGCUGGAAGGCCGGGGCUUGGCCUCCGCGCUCCCCGGGCUGCGCGGCUGCGGUGACAUCGGUGCCAUCCCUCUCCCCAAGCUGCAUUCGCUGCAGAGUCAGCUGCGCCUGGAUUUGGAGGCGGUGGACGGGGUGAUCUUCCAGCUGCGGGCGAAACAGUGUGUGGUGUGUGGGGAGCGGGCGGGCGCCGUCCUGCGGCCCUGCCAGCACCGCGUGCUCUGCGAGCCCUGCGCGGCCAGCGCCCCCGAGUGUGCCUACUGCGCAGGCCAGCCCCUGCCCUGGUGA